AUACUGACAUUACUGUUUGCUGAUACCCAAAAAUAUGCAGCACCAAAGUCGUUUCAAUUUUCUGUUGCUCUUUUUAGUCUUGCUUUGUGUGUCGAUGAAAGCCUCCGCCCGCCAUAAAUUCAGCCAUGGAAGACGCUCUGUCCAGGAGCGAGUAGUUAAUGUUAACGGACAUAGAGAUGUGUGUGCAGACAUUAUAGGACCAAACUGGAACAAAAUUACAAAGAAAGGGAAAAGUCCAUGCAAAACAUUAGUUGUGUGGGUUCCAAAAAAGACAGGAUUCACUGAGUUUGUUAAAGUCAACAAGCAAAAUGAAGUCGAAGGAGGAUUCUCCAUAGCGGUAUUUUGUCAUGCGUUACAGAAAUUACCCUUCAACAUUCAACCGAUUUUUAAACCCUUCAUCAAUGAGAUGGGGCAGAUGAAUGGUACCUAUGAUCAACUUUUAAAGCAGAUUGAAGACCGGAAAUGCGAGGCCGUGGCAGGUGAUGUCACUAUACGGGGAAAUAGAGCUCAAUAUGUAUCAUUUACCGCUCCUUAUCUAAGCGCUGAAGUUUAUAUGCUUGUGCGUGCAACACAUGAAUGGAACCAAACCUUGUGGACCUUCUUAAGACUAUUUACCAAAAGACUAUGGAGAUCACUAAUUUGUGCAUGUAUCUUGAUUGGAAUCACACUUGCCAUUUUAGAACACCGGGCUGGGAACCCUAAAUUUGCUCGCCCGUUCUAUAGGCAACUCAUCAUGAUCAUGUGGUUUCCUAUAUCGACGUUUUUCUUCCAUGAAGGAAAGAUACUUAACAAAUGCUCUAAAGUGGUUCUAGUUAUGUGGCUUUGUAUGAUAUUCAUAGUAGUCCAAAUUUUUACAGCUACUCUAUCCGCAUGGUUGACACUAGAUCAACUGCAUCCCAAAUUGCCUCCAAGCUUUCAAAACGUAGGAUAUCAAAAGGGAUCCUUUAUUAAAGAAUUUAUCAUCGAGGAAUACCAUUGUUCUAGAUGCAAUCUACGAACACUCAACAGCUAUGAAGAAUUCCAAAAUGCACUAUCCAAUGGUAGUGUCGAUGCUGUAUUUGAUGUGCUCCCGUAUAUUGAUCUUUUCCUUUCCAAGUAUGGAUCUGACUACAUGAAACAUGGACCCAUAAAUCAGGAAUCUGGAAUCGCAUUUGCAUUCGCCCGUGGAUCACCUCUGUUACAGAAGUUUUCUGAGGCUGUUAUUAAUGUCAUUGAAAGUAAAAUUAUGCUGGAUUUGAAGAAAAUUUAUCUUGGAUUAUCCACUCUUGAUAAAUCACAACCCAAUCGUGCUCUUCCACAAAGUCUUGAUAUUGAAAGUUUUAUCGGAUUAUAUAUAUUUAUGGUGAUUGUGAUGAUAGUUGCUAUUAUUGCAUCAGAAAUUUCCCUUUGUAUAAAAGAUAAUAAAGUCCAUGACCAAGAUGAUGAAGAAGAAAAGCCGAAAAUGUGA